AUGGCGUCUCGGCGGUUUUCCGGCGGCUACGACCCCUACGGCUUUUUCGGCGGCUACGAUCCCUACGACGGCUACAAGACGUACUACACCGCCGCCCCCUACCAGACGUACUACACCACCAGCCCCUACGAGGCGUACUACCAGCAGCAGCCCGCGCCCACCCGCAGCUCGGCGCCCACGAAACCUGCGCCCAGGCCGGCGAGGGAGACGAAGACGAUCCCAGUCCACGGGCCUGACUCGGAACCGGAGCGGGAGACGAAGGCGGCGGUGCCGGCGGGGUCACGCGCAGAUCCGGUGGCGCAGGUGAUGUCGGCGGAGGAGGCCGCGGUGAGGAUGCAGGCGGCGGCGCGGGGGUUUCUGACAAGGAAGUCGGUGCGGGCGGUGCACGAGGUGCAGCAAGAGGCGGAACAAGUCCAGAUGUGUGAGGUGGAAGCCCUAGUCAGGGACCCUAGGGCCCGCGCCGCCGUCGCGGAGCAGCUGAUGAGAAUGCUGUUGCGGCUCGACGCUGUGCGCGGCGCACGGGAGUACAGGCGUAAGAUCACCAAGUGGGUGCUCGCGCUGCAGGAUGCCAUUGACACGCUCGAGACUAAGCCACCGGCGCCGUCGACGUCUGCGGGGGAGGGGGAGGAGGAGGAGGAGGCAGAUGCCAACGCGCCGGAGGCGACGGCGACGGUGACGGCCACCAAGAUGGCGGAGGAGAGCGCGGUACCGCCGGAGCUGCUGGACGCUGCGGAGCAUGGCACUGAGAUGGAGAACAUCAUCGAGGCGGAGGUCGAUGAAGCAAUAGCCGGUGGCGAGCCUGAUGAAGUGGAAGUAGGAGAAGAACAGGAAAAGGAAGCGGUGCCGGGUGACGCCAUUGUUGAUCUUGACGAGCUGGCGGAUUCGGAUGCAGAGGGUGAGUGGGAGAUGGUGACAGAGGAAAACGAACACGCCGCACCCGUUGCAGCCACGUCCGACGACCAGGAGCCACCACCGUGCAACGAAUUACCGGCGGACCCGUUGGAGACCUCGAGUACUACAAGCGCUGGUGGUGCCGCCUCCGAUGGUGUGGACGUGAGGAAGGUGAUGGAGAUGGUGGUGGCGCUGUGUGAGCAGAGCGCAAAGCAGGGCGCGGUGAUCGGCGCGCUGGCUGAGCGUGUUGACAUGCUGGAGCGUACCUUGCGACGGAUGGAGGAAGCCGAGAGCUGCCGGCGGCGAUCCAAGAAGCUGAGCGCAGAGGGCGAAUGGAAGGAACAACAGCAAGUUUUACAGCGAUUGAUGACGCACAGCCGUUAA